CUUGACUGUGACCUUCAUGAUGUGUGCUAAUCAAAGAAAGUAGAAAACAGAGGUGAUAGUUGAUGGUGGUCGCGGAUGAGAACAGAAGUCAAUAGGACGCGUACCCUUACAAUUCCACUUCGCUCGGCUGGCCCCGACCUCUCCGGCCCGGACCUACCCAAUCCAGUGUCUGUCCCUGCAGGUGAGCACACUUCCUGCUUGCCGUUAUCCACAUUCACCUCUUCCUCGUCGUUGUCGUCGUCGAGCACGAUGGAACCAGAACCUGGCGACGACUAUAUUCGACGCAUAGCGACUCAUAUCCGCAACAACGAACAGGGUCUCGCAGCCGCUGGCCUCAAUCCAAGGCGACGUCCGAAAGCGAACGCCAAUGACAGCACUUCUGUGUUCAAUCCUUUGGGCUGGUUUGCCACUGAUACUAACCAGUCGACGCCAUCUGUAAAGCCGGUGGUUCUCUCUUUCGACUCUCAUCAUCUAUUCUACUUGCUUAUGCGAAUGGAGGCGAUCGGGAUCGACGUUGGUAGUUUAGACGUGAAAGUGGAGAAUCCGUCGCGUCCGAUGAAUUAUGUCAAUGUAUUACAAGGCUUGGAUAAGUCGGACACGCUCUCCUUGAUGUCCUUUGCUACCACAUUCUCAGCCGUCUCUCGACUCUCGCUUGGUUCUGGUUGGUGGGGUCGACCCGCCCCUCCAUCGCUCGAUUCGGAACUCAAGUUCAUUUAUAGUAGCUUCACGAAGCUGCCAGCCCUUUCUCUCCACGCGCCAGAACCUCGCUUAAUCGCUGAACUAGCGAAUGAAGCACCAAACGAGAACGCCGUCCCUCUUGACGCGUUCAAGAAUCUCCAGGUACUAGAAUGCGUGGACAUUGACCCACGCACUAUACUCGGGUGGGACAGGCUGGCAGAAAGCCUGAAGAGUUUGACGAUAAAGAGAAGUGGACUGGAGGAUGUGUCUGAUAUUUUCAUUGGUGCUGUUUUGGAUGACCAGUCUAGAAGAGAAGGAAAGACGGGCAGUGAAAGGCUCAGGCGGAUACCCAGGGCGCCUCCAUCGAGGCAGAAUUCCUUCUACUCUACUAGGCUUCCGAAAUCCGUCCCCGAAGAUCCAGAAGAUAUCCUUGCUGAGGAGAGUCUCAGUACUCCCAGCCCUGAAGAUACCCCCAAACCCCCAGAGUUUAUGCAACUCCCGUCCUUGAAAUGGGCGUUCUUGCGACAUCUAUCUUUGGCAGACAAUGCACUCACGUUUAUCCCCUCAUUUCCUCUUCCUUAUCUCACUUCGGUAACUCAUCUCGACAUCUCCUCUAACCUCCUUGUGUCCGUUCCAUCAGGUCUCUCCGCUCUUUACAAUCUCGUCUCACUCAGUCUCGCCGACAACAUGAUUGACUCCGUAUUAGGUAUCUACACGAUGCUUGGAAGUAUCCUUUCUCUCAAUCUCUCUCGCAAUCGUUUGGAGAAUAUCUGCGGUCUGGAACGUCUCCUUGCCCUGCAGCGUGUGGAUCUCCGGAAUAACCUCAUUGACGAGAGCGCCGAGAUCGGCCGCCUCGCGACUCUUCCAAACAUAUCAGAAAUUUGGGUGGAGGGUAACCCACUUUGCGACAUCGAAGAAGCGUACCGAAUACGGUGCUUUGACCUAUUUUGGAAGGAGGGUAAAAGCAUCACGUUGGAUGGUUCACCACCGGGGUACUACGAGAAGAGGUACCUCAGUUCGCCGCCGCCAGAGCAGAUGACUUCUUCGCGACCGGUGUCUGUUGCAUUGACACCUCCGGCUGUCCCAGUCGGUAGUCCACCACCUGUUGCCAAUGCUGCUACCGCUGGUCCGUCGAAGAGCAGCACACAACAAUCAUCACCGACUUCUUCACCUCCAUCACAUACAGCCUCUCCUCAGUUAGCAGCUGUGAGAGGGCGGAGGAAGAAGAAUAAGCGAAUUGUGGAUCUAGACGGUGGGAGUGAUGCUGGCAGUUCUCGAAGCGGCUCACAUUCUCGCAUUGCAACAGACGUUACUCCAUCUCUUGCGGCUGCUCGUACAACGAGUCCUAUCAAGGCUAUGGCAGCGGAGUCAUUUCCAAAGCUAAAGCCGGUCGCGGGACCAUCCUCUGGAGCUAUGACUGCUAGCGCAUCAACCAUGACUCCCGUACCACGACCCAAACCCAUCUCUCGACAUAGUCGACAUCACACCGAACUUACACCACCCUCUCCAUCUGUCAGCAAGGACGCUUAUGACGGAUUUCUACCGUCCGCAUCGGACGACCUCCAUACUCUUGGUCAUCGUCGUUCAGCGACCAUGUCUUCCAAGUCGGGGAAGCGGCGAUCAAAAAUUUCAGCUUCGGUGUUUGAACCAGCUUCAGACUUGGUUUCGAAUGGGAAGGAUAAGGAGGGGAAGCAAUUUGCUGAGGCUGAGGCGUUCCGAGCGCGAAUAGAGGCGUUGCGAGCGGAUAUGGGGGAUGGGUGGUUGAAGGUGUUUAAUCAGUCGCAUUUGGGUUCGCCGGGUGUACCGUCGGGGUGACACAUGCUUUGUUUUGUAUAUGGGUUUAAUUUGUUUAGGUUCUUUCGUAGGCGUAUGUGUACAUGUCAAAUACCACUCACCUUCUGUCUGAGGUUUUUGAUUUGCAGAGGUCUAGACUCGAGGCUCUUCAGCACUUGAUUUACAGUGACUGAUUGGCUUAUGCAUGCGCUCUCGAACGUUGCACUCCUGAAACUUUGAAAGCUUAAGAGACCCGUUGAUAAAUC